AUGGCUGUCGCUAUUGAUUAUCCCGCCAAGUGUGAAUUGCGAGCUGUAAUUCGUUUCUUGCAGGCAGAAGGGAACAGUGCAGAGGAAAUUUAUCGAAGAAUGAGUCGAAUGUAUGGAAACAGCUUUAUGAGUGAUGGCGUUGUUCGUGAAUGGUGUCGAAAGUUUAAAGAUGGCCGAACUGAUGUGCAUGAUGAAAGGGGUCAAGGACGCAAGUCUGUCGCUACAGACGACAUUGUUCAACGAGUUGACCAAGCGGUUAAGCAAAAUCGAAGGUUCACCAUAAGUGAAUUAUCGAUGAAAUUUUCAGAAGUUUCAAGAUCUUCCCUAUACUCUAUCAUAACUAAAACAGUUGCGCUACAGAAAAGUUUGCGCUCGCUGUGA